AUGUUCCGCACAUUAAUUGCAGUCACCAAGCAAGAGUAUACUCCAAACUCAAAGUAUCCUACUUCGUUGUCAUCGAAAUCAGCAGCAUCACUGAGGCAUGUUGCGAAAAGUUCAGGAACAUCACAAGAAUGGCGAGCAACCGACGAUAGCGUGGGAACUAUUCUCACUUCAUUUGGAUCUCUGUUGGCACUCAUCGAGGUUGAAACGGAUCUGAUGAGUAAAGUGAUCGCGGACGUUAGUGCCGAGGCAAAGGUGCAGCAAUUGUUAUUUGGCCGACCAUUGCUUCAUGUUGUGGAACGCGCAAGCACUCUUCUGGAUGGGGUUUAUUGCUCGUUGAUCCCGUUGCUACCGUUGCUGAAGCAUAUCAGCGUGCAUUAUUUGCAACUUUUAUCACUUGCAAAUGUUUGUGUUUACGUUUUUUUA